AUGAGUAACCUUAGUACUCCUGGUAGUCAUGAAGGACGACAACCAACAAUGUUAGAGUCUUGGACCGGCGUUAAACUUGAAAGUUUGCCCAAUGAUGUUAGAAGAAACUUUACAAAGAUAGACCCUAGACUACCUAUUGAUAUAAAAAAUAUUGCACUUUGGAUAAAAGAAGAAAAAAAUUUAAUUAUAAGUCUACAAAAUGCUUCAAAUGAAAGAAAAGGAGCAAGCAAAUGUCUUGCUAUUUGGGGAAAAGAUAGCGGGAAUGAUAUUGCUGAUGUAACUGAGAAAUUAUCAGAAUUAUUGAAUAGAGUUGCAGAUGUUGAAAUACAACAUCGAAAAAUUCUUAAAGAAAUUCGUGAAGCUGAAGAACGUCUUAUUGUGCCAAGAGAAAGAACAAGAAAAAUUAAUGAAGAGAGAGCAAAAAUAUUGAAAUCGCAUCCAAAAUCUCCACGCAUUAAAGAACUUGAAGAAGAUUUGCGUCGUGUAAAACUAGAUUGUACUGCAGAUGAAGCAGAUGUUGGAAAUCUUAAAAGAAGAAAAUUGAAAGAUUCUAUGAUCUCAUAUCUAGGUGCGACUUUUGAGGCUGCUGAAAAAAUUGCACUUAUUAGUGGAUUUGGAUGGGACCUUUUGUCGCAUAUUGAUUCACAUAAAGAACUUCCUGGUGAAGGAAGGCCACAAUACAAUGGUUAUCAGGCUACUGCACAAAUUCUUAAGGAUUGUCAAAUUGCUUUACAUCGUUGGCAAGAACCACAAUAUGACAUUAAACCACUUAUACCUGGAUUAACAAAUACUGCUUCCGCAGUAUUAGCAGCUCAAAAACAAGAAUAUGAAGCUAAAUUGAAUCAACUGACCAAUUCUAUGAAGACCUUGAAAGAUGAACAUGACAUUGCAGUAACUGAAUUUGCUAGCAAUUUAGAAACUAAUAGACAAGAAUAUGAAAAACAAAUCCAUGACUAUGCAAAUGCAUUAACUGAACAAAAGAGAGCAUAUGAAGAACAAUUGAAUGAAAUAUCCAAUGCGUUAAAUUCCAAUAGACAGAGUUCCGAGGCUAAAGUCAAUGAAUUGACUAGUAAAUUGAAUGCACUUAGUGCUCAAAACCAAGAACUUGAUGCAAAACAUGCCUCUGAUCUUAAAUCACACGAAGAACAAAUUAAUCAAUUAAGUAUUUCAUUAGGUGCUCAAAGGAAACAGUACGAUUCACAGUUAAAACAAUACAACAAUAUAAUUACUGAAAAACAUGAAUAUGAAGUUGCUCUAAGUGAACGAGAUGCACUUAUUGCUAAACUUCAAGGUGAUGUCAAUAGUGUUGUAACUGAAAAAGAAAAAUUAACCAAUUUGGUAAAAGAUUUGGAGGAUGCAUUGAAAUCCAAAUCUUCUACAACUGAAGAGAAAGAUAAGAAGAUUAAUAAACUAGAAGAUGAUAUUUCUGGAAUAAAAAAUCAACUAUCUAAUUUAAAUAUAACCUCUUCACAAAUUCCAGAAUUAUCAUCUCCAAUACUUAAUCGUAGUCUUACAAAUAAAACUUUAUCAGCAUCUAGUAAUGAUUUGUCUCCUAGUUCUGCAACUAGCAAUUCGCCACCUUCAUCAAACCCACAAUCAGAAAAUCAAAACUCUCUCCAAACUAUAGGACCUCAAUUUCAACAAGGUUUCGGAAAUGUAUCUUCUCCACCUUUGCAUCAAAAUACCAUGUAUGGUGGUCAACAAUUUUAUCAACAGCCUUUUUAUCAACCUCAACAAUCUUAUUACGGUCAAGGUCCUCAUCCUGCUCAAUCAAUACCAUAUGGAUUCCAACAACAGCAACAAAUGAGUUAUGGGCCCAUUCCACCACCUCCACAACAACAACCUCCACAAGGAGAAGGCCAACAACAAGGUCAAUUUACUGGUGGUUUCUACGUAGCUUCUCAACUUCCCGAUGAUGCUCCGCCAGCAUAUGAUGGUCCGCCUGAAGGAUUUUCCGAUGACAAAAAGAAAUGA